AUGGCGCAACAGCGAGGGCACGCGAUGGGCGACUCCCUCAAGACGGCGCACUCAGUGAGCCUAAAGGUUCUGCGCGUAUCGCAGAUCCUGAAGUUCGCAAUUACUGAUGGUGUCCCCAGGCUAUCCCGCCCUUCUCUUGCGACACAAUAUCCUCUCCCAAACUCCAAGAGCCUGGGCAUAUCGCCCAGAGCUUCGCUCGCGUACCCGUCACAAAAUGAUGCAAACGAUCAGUUCAUCCUCAGCCCAGCGCUGAACCUCCCUGAGGCGUUUGGUAGUGCCUACGUUGGCGAGACAUUCUCCUGUACGCUAUGCGCGAAUAACGAACUCGAUCCAUCGGACAAUGCAAAAGCAAUAAGCGGUGUGCGGAUUCAAGGCGACAUGCAGACGCCUUCCAACCCUACAGGCUCACCGCUAGACCUUUCUGGCUUGUCAGGAGAAGAUGAUGGUGUCUCCCCCGGCCCAGGCGAAUCCCUACAGCGCAUCCUAAGGUUCGAGCUCAAGGAAGAUGGGAAUCAUGUCUUGGCAGUGACGGUCACAUACAUGGAGACAGCUCUAGGAGAAGGAAAAGCGGCUAGUGGCAGAGUCAGGACUUUUCGCAAACUCUACCAAUUCGUGGCGCAGCAGCUACUCAGUGUUAGGACGAAAGCGGGAGAAAUGGGCCACCGGAAUGGAUCUUCUAGAUACCUUCUAGAGGCGCAGUUGGAAAAUAUGGGGGAAGCCGCAGUGUGUUUAGAGACCGUCAAUGUGAACCCGAAACCACCUCUCAGAUCUAGGUCGCUGAAUUGGGACAUGCAAUCCGCUGGGCUCAAUGCGCCGAUACUGAGCCCGCGUGAUGUGGUGCAGGUAGCGUUCCUGCUGGAGCACCAGGCUGGCGACGAUGACGACAUGCCGGAUUCUGUAACGGAAGAUAACAAAAGAGUCUUGGGACAGCUUGCGAUUCAGUGGCGGAGUGCGCUGGGGGACAGGGGCUCCCUCAGCACUGGAUGGCUUACAGCCCGGCGCUGA